AAACUAAAUUACUCACGCCAACGCGCCUAGCAUAUAUAUAUGGAGGAUAGGCGUACAUAAACUUAAUUUGCUGAAAUUCAAGCACAUAAACUUAAAUCCUUGAAUACUUGUCUCUCUCUCUCCUUUGGUUUGCGAGAUCAUCAGGAAAGAGAGUGAGAGAGAGAAAGAGAGAGAGAGAGAGAGAGAGAGAACAUGGCUGCCUUGAAUUGGCUUCUUAAUUCAGCAUGCCACGUUCUAUUACACCCAAUCAAGGACUCUAAUAUGGCGGGAAAUCCAGGUAAUCUUGAUGGAGGUGAUCACGGUGCGACUGCGAUGGGGAUGAGGAAGAAGGUGGUUUCUAAUUGUUCAUCAGGGUUUCAGAUGCCUCUUCAUUACCCUCGCUACACAAAGGUGGACUACGGGAAGAUGGAGGAGUGGAAGAUUGACCUGCUUCUCCGUCAAUACGGGCUUGGUUUUGAGGGCAACCUUUAUCAGAAGAGGGAUUAUGCAAUGGGAGCUUUCUUGUGGCCUGAUCAAUGUUGAUGACCUCAAUAAUCAUCUCUCUAGCUAGCUAGAUAGCUUGCUAGUUGGACACGUCACACAUCGUAAGGGAUCAUAAUUGGUUUAUUUAACUAUAUGUGAUGUGAUGUGAGACGUGAGCGCAUGCAUGGCGUUUUAUUAUAGGGUUCCAUUCUCUGUAUAAAAUAAGCAUAAAGAGCCUAGUCAUCAUGUGAGAGUCUAUCUAUAUGUAAUGUUGAUGCAUUAUUUUAUGCGCUUCGGUGUGUGUAUAUGCAAUUUGGUGGUAUCUUGCACGUAGUUAAUUACAUUAUGUAUGGAUGCAAUCUAGUGAUAUACUAAUUUAUGUAUGUAAUAUGGUAAUUCCCCUACUAAUUGAAACAUUUAAGGUGGCUUUAGCUUAUAUGGUAAUCAA